AUGGACGCCAUCACAAGAGUCUCGUACUACUUUCCGACGCACACGCUCACGGUGUUCCAGAUUCUGGCGAACUUGGUCAUCAAUGACUCGUCAUACUGCCAUGACCAGGAACGUGCGCUGGUGAUCGCCAUGCUGGUGUUAUUCUCCGUGGUCUGCUUCUUCGUCUCGUUCACCGACACCUACACCGCUUUCGACGGUCAGAAGUUUUGGGUUCUCAUCAUGCCAGUCUACGGACCACUGUGCUUCUCCCUGCCCACUGAGGAAGACAAGGACCGCGUGUACGAAUACUACUAUGCCAAGGGCCGUGAUUUCGUACAUGCCGUACUGUCUACCGCGGCCUUCGUGCUCAUCAUCCUUUUCACAAACCCCGUCUGCAUGUGUAUCUUCCCGUCCGGCAAGCAAGACGGCACGUCCCAGUUCGACGCGGCCAUCGUCCGCACAGUCCCCGUGGUGGUGGCGCUCAUCUGCGGCAUGGUGAUGAUGUGCUUGGGGCCGCCGCGCCAGAUGAUCGGCUUCCAGAACGUUCCUGAAAGCACUCCGGCAGGCGAACGGCCCAUGGCCCCCAACCCUGUCUACGGCGGCUCCCAGGGCGACUACCCGCCCGGGAUUCCCGAGGGCGACGACUACGAGAGCGGUCCUGGCCUGGCGCACGGCGGUGGUGGCCCCAUGACAAAGAGUACUAGCCAGGAGGGUCCGGGGGGGCUGGUGGCUAGCAAGAGCAUAUCGCGCAGCAUAGGAGGGGACCUGGGGCCGCCGCGUGAGAGCUACGUCAGCAGCCAGUACCGUCUGUCGAUGCAGCCGGGGCGCCAGAGCACCCGGGUGCCGGGGCCGUCGCCCAAGAGCGGCGAUUACGGGACCAGCGACGGCGGCUUCAGCAGCGGCGGAUACCGGCAAGAAUAG